GUUCCCAGAUAGAUUCACACGUUUGGAGCUAAAGAGAGCUGGGGCCACCGAAGCAGCGCAGACGGCCCAGGGUUUGAGUCUACAGAAGCCAACAGGUUGAGUUGUGAGAGAGGGAGAUAGAAUGAGAGCUGUGGGCUUAGUGUGGUGCGCCUGCUUGGGGCUGGGCCUGAUGAAGGCCACCUGGGCCAACUCUCUAUCGGAGCCUGAAGACCAAGAACUCAACGAGACAGUGGUGUGCACCAACAACCGCAUGGACGUUCUCAUCCCCAAGGCCUUCUUCCUCAACAAGGUCCCCCCUGUUUACGUCUGGGAUUUACAUCUGAACGAGCCGGCGUGUCGGGGCGUGGAGACGGGAGAGGACUAUGUGUUCAGCAUCAAAAACAACCUCUCGGACUGCGGGACGGUGAUGGCAUACGAUGACACACACAUCAUGUUUAGCAACACAAUCCGCAACAACGAUUCGGACAUCGUCACCAGGAACUACAUCAACAUCACCUUUGUGUGCCGCUACCCCAAAAACUACAUGGUGCAGCAGCCCGACGGAGAGAACUGGUCCGGAACGAUCACCCUGACCACGGAGGACGGGAACUUCUCUGUGUCCAUGCUACUGUACAAGGACCGGGCCUUUGAGGACCGGUGGACCACGGUGCCCUCCCUGACCUUGGAGGACGACAUCUUUGUCAAGAUAUUCAUGAUCCCAGCUCACUUGACGCUGCGUACGGAGAGAUGGGCCACCCCCACCAGUGACCCUUACAGCAACAUCCAGUACACCUUCAUCAAGGACAGGUCGGUCAGCCCCGUCCGGGGCCCCUGGCGGUGGACUGGACUGCGUUGA